AUGAGUGAAGAGAAGCCGAUUUUCGACGAUCAAAUGUUUCAAGUAUUUCUGACUGGCUUGUCUGGGACCAUAGUAGUUCUUUGGGUCUUAUAUUUACUUCGCCAACGUAUAAAAGUUCUUCCGAGUUUCCCUUGCACCUGUUCUCGUUGUCUUGAGAAGAAAGCAAAGCUUACUCGUCGACGUAACCGACUGACUGGCUCUCUUUGUCUUCAGCUUUUCUUCAUUUUCUUACUCACAUUAUUGUUCCUCCGUGGAGCUUAUAAGACCGUCACAACUCCUGUUGGUACUCCGACUGUUCUCUAUGACCCGUAUACUAUUCUUGAAGUGUCGCAGACUUCUUCCGACAAAGACAUUCGCAGUUCUUAUCGAAAAUUGUCUCUCAAAUACCACCCCGACAAAAACAAGUCUCCCGAAGCUGAAGAAAAAUUCAUUCAAAUCACCAAAGCGUAUGAGACUCUCACCGACCCUCUCAAAUUAAAACUUUGGCGCGAAACGGGAAACGAAGAGGAGAAACGCAUCGAGAAAAAUGGGAUCGGUCUCCCCAUGUUCUUGACACUUCAGAAAAACAGAACCGUCGUAUUAGGCUUCUACUUCUUCAUCGUCGUCAUCCUUUUCCCUAUCGGCGUCUGGUUACUCCUCCGCAAGUUCCACAAUUACGACAACAACAAUUUGACUCUCGAGACCAAUGCCAUCUUUAUGCAACUCAUCGACACUAAUCUCACCUUCCCAACACUCAUCGAAGUCCUCACACUCUCUAAUGAAAUCACAGAGAUCGUUACAAUCAAACCAGAUGACCAGAAAUACCUCCCCGCUAUUCAAAAAAGAGUCAACUCACUCUUCAUAAAAACUCCAAAGUACAACUCUCCUCAAGCAGUUAAAGCCCAAAUCCUUCUCGCCGCUCAUUUAACUCGUUUACACAACGAACUCCCUUACUACUUACGUGACGACUUGGAUGAGAUCCUUCAAGUCGUACCAAACAUCUUACAUGGAAUGGUCUCCGUCAUGUUCUCCAAACGAAAUUUGAAUGGCGUCUGGCAGUGCAUUCGUUUGAAUCAAAUGGUGACCCAAGCCACCGACAUCGAAUUCAACCAAAUCCCCGAGGACGUCGACUCAAAGCUCUUUGGCAAGAAUAUGACCUUUGAGAAGUUCUGCCGUCUCACUCCAGAAGACCGCAAACGUCUGAUUGAAGACCGUGUCGUUGACGGCAUCGACAAAUCUAAAGAUGUGAAGUUGAUCCAACCACUCAAAGAGAAGAGUGAAGUCAAGAAGAUGAAGCUUGAGACGGUCAAAGAGAAGAUUAAACAAUCAAUCAACGAGAAGGACAAGAAGAUGGGGAAGAAGCCGCGCUUCGAGGCUGUUGAGGAACAUUGUUCUAUUCAAUCCAAAGAGAUCAAAGAGAAGAGUGAUCUUGCUCUUCAAGACCAGUCACACAAGACCGACACCAAUGCCUUCAAACCUUUAACCGUCGAAGCAAAGACUCGACAGAAGGUCAUUCUCAAUUACUUCAAUUACUUCCCAACUACUAUCGAUUUCGUCGUUCGUGCUAUGAGUGCCACUAUGACAAGAACAGUCAUCGCCGGAAUACCUUUAGUCAUCGUCAUCAACGCGUACAGGUACCCCCGUGGCCAAGACGGCGAAGUCCUUCCAAAGCUUCGCGGGAAGCUUCAGAAGAUCUUAGACGCCGAGAAAGAGGAUCUCCCCGUCGAGCCGCAGAGUGCUGAAGAGCUCUUAAAACGACCAACAGAAGAGCAAGAAGACGACGUCGAUCCGGUCAUCCCUGACGUUGAAAUUGUUCACGCCCCUCCUCAAGAUGUUUACGUCCAUUGCCCGUAUUGUCCCAAUGAACGACUUGAAAGGUGGUGGUUUAUCCUGACCGACAUGCGGAACAGUGUUGUUCUGAAUGCGGCACAUGGGUAUAUCCCCGUCUCGGAGUUGCCCUUUAUUACUCGCGUGUUUGCACCGACUCCGAAGCAAGCGGGGAACUACGCCGUGAGUUUACAUAUAGUGUGUGAUUCGUAUAUGGGGUGUAGUCGAGUCUUCCCAUUGAACUUCACUGUAGUAGAGAGGAAGAAAAGUGCAGAGGAAGACUUAGUGAAUGGAGAAGAGGAAGAAGAAGAGAUGGAAAGUGACGACGUUGAAAGUAGUGAAGACGCGAAGAAGGAUAAAUAA